CGAGCUGGCUAGAUGCAGGGAUUUUCUGUCUGAAUUCUAUGGAAGCAGGUAGAUGAUCAUGUGAACGGUUCAGGAUGAAUAAUCAUGGAUGUAGUAUGGAAUACUAAGUAAAAACAGCGGUGCCUCCGUUUAAUUUAUGUUAUAUUUCAAGUCUACUGCCCGCACGACUUGUUUAGUCUUUCUGGCGACUGGAACUUGGCUCCAGUAUCAGCUACAGUGGUGAGGAUUUGAAGCUAGCUGUCAGGUAGUAGCCCACUAGCAAGCCACAUCAGCACCGUUGCUAUUGGUCAAUCACGUUAGCAUCAGUAGAUUUCAUUAUGGCAGACAGUAUCAUGAGCAAAGCUGCAACCAUGGAGAUCCCCAUUAACAGCAAUGGAGACACAGGCACUCUCCCAGAGGAUGACAGCCUGGAGCAGGAUUUACAGCAGGUGAUGGUGUCUGGACCCAACCUGAAUGAAACCAGUAUUGUCUCUGGAGGUUAUGGAGGACCUGCAGGGGGCAUCAUCCCAACCAGCAGUAUCAAAGACAUUCGCAUGAAAUCCAGGGGUGUUAACUUGCCUAAAAGUCAAUCUGCAGCAAGUCGACUUGCCCACCACACAGAGCAGCAUCCAGGGUCGUCGAACCAUAACACAAAUUCAACUGAAGAAGUUUCUCGUGGUGUAGCAGUGGAGAAACUGGACAGUGUAAAGAAAUGGGGCAUAAACACGUACAAGUGUACAAAGCAGAUGUUCUCAGAAAAGUUUGGCCGAGGCUCACGGACAGUAGACCUGGAACUUGAGGCUCAGAUUGACGUGUUAAGAGACACGAAGAGCAAGUAUGAAAACAUCCUAAGACUGGCCACCGCUCUCACCGAUCACUUUCAAAGAAUUGUGCAGACGCAGCAGGCUCUAGGAGAUGCCUUCACUGACCUCAGCCAGAAGUCCCCAGAGUUGCAGGAUGAGUUUGGGUAUAAUGCAGAAACGCAAAAGCUGUUGUGUAAGAAUGGCGAGGCUCUGCUUGGUGCCAUCAACUUCUUCGUAUCCAGUGUCAACACACUGGUCAACAAAACAAUGGAAGAUACGUUGAUGACGAUUAAGCAGUACGAAAAUGCAAGACUUGAGUUUGAUGCCUAUCGCUCUGAUCUGGAGGAACUGAGUUUGGGACCAAGGGAUGCAGCUGGCGUGGUUCGCAUUGAGAUGGCUCAGCAUGAGUACCAGAUCCACAGAGACAAAUAUGAAAGGCUGCGUAGUGAUGUCACCAUCAAGCUUAAAUUCCUGGAAGAAAACAAGGUGAAGGUGAUGCACAAGCAGCUGCUUCUCUUCCAUAAUGCCAUCUCCGCUUACUUUGCUGGCAACCAGCAGCAGUUAGAACAAACUCUUAUACAGUUCAAUGUAAAGUUAAAGCCCCCAGGAUCAGAUAAGCCAUCGUGGCUGGAGGAGCAGUAAUAUGCAUCCAGGGUUCAGCAUUUUGACAUGUACAGUUUCAUGCUGGCAUUGUGGUUAGAUGGAGAGGAAUUUAAAUGCAUAAAGGAGUAUAUUGUAGAAUAAGUAGCAGCCAGAUAUAGCUCUUUUGUAAUGUUUUUCAGUAUGAUUUAUUACAUAGAUGGACAACUUUUUAAGUUGUUCUUAUGUUGUUUUAUGUUAAAUCACAAAAUUACCUUGUUAUUUUCUUACUCUUUAGUUAGCACAAUCAUUUCCAUCACUUAUAUAUGUACAGGAUAGUCAACUAUUGUCGAGAUUCUCCUUUGCAGUUUGCACAUGCAUUACUUUGUAUUUUUAUUGUUGUGUAAGGUUCCCUUUUAAUAUUUCAGUGUAUAUCAAAUGGGAGGAAUUCUGAAAAUCAGAAUAGCAAGUCAGCAGGAUACUGCUACAAUGUUCUGAAAUACCUUCUGAAAUUAUAUUUAUUUUCCUUAUGCACAUGUUCAGUCAUAUUCAUGACAUCACUUUUAACAUAUUUGAGUCAAACACAUCAGAAUAUAGAUUCAUUUUUAAAAUUGCCCCACUAUGUUUCUACUGUCACUGUUAAAAUCCCUGCCUGAAUGGUCAGUUUACAGUUUACAUAGAGGGGGAAUAUAUAUACAGUAAAUAUAUAUAUUUAGCAAACAUGAUUUUUCUCUAACCUAAUAUACAAUCAUAAUUAUUUUACACCUAAAUUUUGGAUACAGUGUUAGAUCAAGUCCAGCACCAUUGCAAUUAUCUGUCUUUUUUACUCUGGAGUUUACACAUGGAAACAAGCCUGAAUGAACAUGACAUUUGUGUUUAACAGCAAAUCCCCAUCAAUUCGGAAUGAUAAGAUCAACAAUCAUAAAGAAAUCUGAAUCAAAACAUGGCACGCAGCCAGUGUUGCAGUGACUGUCGGAGCUGGCAUUGUGCAACUGCAAAACUUCCUUUUGAAAUACUGAGUGGGAAUAGUGGAUCAAGGUGCACUUUAGGUUACAGUACAAGUUUCAGCAUCUUCAAAAACAGAAUGUAUGAGUGCAUUUGUUAUAGUUUGCAUUAUUUAUUUACCUGUUUGUAACAUAAUUUGUAUGUUACUUAGAUUGUUUUAGUCAGCUGAUUGUCUUUAUCUUCUGCAAUCCAAUGCUAAAUCCAAUAAAGUCUGCUGGAUGUUUUGUUUCACUUAGAUGUGCUUUCGACACAGGGGCUGUCAGUUUCGUAUGGUUACAGUUCACAGUAUGUAUGUAAAGAAAACUCACAAUAUUCAGUAUGUAAUUUUAAUUAUGUACAUGAUAAAAAUAUAUCUGUAACAUGC